AUGGAGCGGGGUCGGGGGUCGGAGAUUCCUAUCACAGCCAAACCUCCCUACCCCCAGGGGAAUUGGGGGAAGUGGCAGCAGGGGGCCGGAGUGGAAAGUGAGAAUAAAAGAAGAACCGAGUACAACCUGCCAGGCAAGCUAGCCGUGAAGAGAAGGAAAGCCCUGCCCCGCGCCCUGUGCUCCCCGCGGGCAGGCGCGCAGCGCGCCUUCCCCUUUCUCCAAGUCCCGCUUCCCGACCGUUGCCUGGGGGCACUGAGCCCCCUUCCCCAGUUCCUAGCCGUUGUCACCGCUACAGCCUCCGGAAAACCCUCGGCAAACCCCGGAGCAAACAACACAGGCGCGGGGCGGGGGUGCGGAGGGAGGAGGCGGCACUCGGGACGGCGAGGCUUUAUCGCCGCGCCCUCCGCGCUCCCUCCCACCAGCCUCGGCUGCCCGCGCUCUUACCUGCUCUCCGCGUCGCCCGGGAAGACCACGGCGUCGCUUUCCCUCCCGGCAGGGCCGAGGACUAGCACCGCCGCCGCCGCUGGCCGGGCGUCCCGAGGGAGCCGGGGCCUCCCCGGCAGCCCGAGCCGCUCCAGUGGGAGAAGAGGAAACAAAACAGCGGCGAGCCGGCCCGCGCAGCGCCCCCCGCCCGCGCCGCCCCACGGAUCCCCAACCGCCGAGGCGACGGCGGCGACACAGAGCCCGGCGCGGGGAGCAAUGGUGGCCCCCGCCCUCGCCCCGCUCCGGGCCCCCUCCCUCCACCCCCCGCUUCAGCUCCUCCCCCUCGGCCUCCUACCGCCGCCACCAGGACACUCGAGUCCGCCUCCCCCACCCCGCCCGCUCCGAGCGCUCCUCCCCUCCCCACGCGGCGAGGGGGGGGGGGGGCAGCACAGCCAGUCACCGCUGCGUCUGUCAAACCAGGGCUGGCUAUUUAUACCCGGCAGGGCCCCACCGGCCCCCUAGCCGGCCAACCUGCUUCGGUGGCUGUCUCGACUCUCGCCCGCCCCUUAUCCCCCAACUUCUACCAAACCCGCCUUCUCAGAUUAUGACACUGACAUGACUGAAGGAGUGAGCAACUUUCUCAAGACCACCAGCAAGUGAGUAAUGGUGCCAGGCAAGAAAUCCAAGCAGGCUGGCUCCAGAC